AUGGGUUUUGGCUGGGUUCUUAAGAAUGUGAUCGUUUUUAGACGAAGCAGUAGAAGAAGGCAAAUUUUGGGCAAGGAUAACGGAUGGUCUGAGGACUGGAGUAAGCAUCUGAUUAUAAGUAGUCAGCAACAUGAUAAGAUAUUUAUGGAUAAGUUUGAGGAACGCAUACUCAGUAUAUGCACUCGGGUCACCUUGCCGGAGCCUACGGCAUCAUCGCCGGCGAGUUCAGUAGCAGAUAUCGACAAGAACGUUGAAUCACGUGAUGAUGCCCUCAGCGACAGUGAGGAGCCGCCUGAAGGCUACUACGCUUUCGUCGAAUCUCCUAAUGCUACACCACCCAGAGUCCGGCCUCCUCCCUAUCGACAAGUGUCAUCACCAUGUCCUGACGUAGAUUCCACGCGCCCGCACGUCUCCGCGAACAAUUUGUGUGGAGACCUUAACAGGGGCCUCAUUCCUAAGAACCCUAUGGGGCAGAACCCUAAUGGAGAGCCGUAUCCAUUCGAAUUAAUCCGCAACCAGACCCUCCGCUUCCUGUCCCGCACGUUGCCCGUGCUGCGCGCCGACGACACGCUGCCGCGCGUGGCGCACCUGCCGCCCGCCGCGCUGCCCGACCUGCAGCACAACCGGCUAGAGGAGCGCUCGAAGCGCUCGGUGUCGGAGGCGAAGGCGGAGAGCGCGGGGGCGGAGGGCGCGGGGGGGGAGGGCGCGCUGCGCGCCGAGCACCGCGGCGCCGGGGACGCGCCGCCGGCCGCGCGCGAGGGGCGCAAGUUCUGCGACGGCGGCGGAGUGUGA